AUGAACCCCCAAGGACCGCCCCAAGCACCACCCACCCCUCAAGCCAGCCUCUUCUCAGCAUCCAUCCGCUCAUCCGCAACCACCAUGGCCACCACAACCUCCUCCUCAGCACACUCCUCCUUCGCCCACCACCCGCCAUCAAACCUCUCCAUCGACAUGCCCAUCGCAACAUCCUCAGUCGUCAACAAGACCGCCUCCAGAUCCGCAUCCCUCUACCAGAACUGUCUCGAAACCAGGGCCCUGCUCAGAAGAGUCCCGGGCUUCGAGCAAGGCCCAUGGAUCACCGAAACGAGGAACCCAAACAGUCUGCUCGAUGACUCGCCCACCGACCCCAACACCCCGCACUCCAAACACUCCUCCAAUCCACUCGAUCCAGUCACCCAGACCCUCGAGAUCUUCAGACUCGGCUCCCCCCUCUGCUUCCUCUACAACGCCAUCCUCAACCCGCCCCUCACCCCUCCCGAUCUGCCCAAUCUGCCCCCACUCCCCCUCGGAAAGACCUGGAAGAACCUCAAGCCACUCAAAGUGCUCUGGUGUGUCCGGGAUGACCUCAAGGGAUGCCAGAAAUCCGCCGCUCACUUCAUCAUGGCCCUCAAGACCGAACUCGGCUGGGGCACGGAAAUCGAUGAGAUCCAAGAGAACGGGCUGAUGGUCAACAUGCUCUACGACGUCAACACUAACGCAACCGUCAAAGUUAUCUCUAACGUCCUCAGACUCCUCCAUCUCCUCAAAGCACUCGGCGUACUCCUACCCCCAUCAGAGGACGAACUGGUACCGCACAGCAACGAACUCAACGUCGCCAUGGACGAUCGGGCCCGAGUAGUCAAAGAAAUCCUCGAGAGCGAACGGAAAUACGUCCAAGAUCUAGAAGUCCUUCAGAACUACCAACGAGCCCUCCUCCAACGAGAGAUCCUACCCUCAGACCAGAUCCGCGCCCUCUUCAUCAACCUCGACUCUCUCGUAGACUUCCAGAGACGCUUCCUGAUCGGCGUCGAGGCCAAUGCCCGUCUGCCGCCCGACGAACAACGUUUCGGCCAUCUGUUCCACUCCUUCGAAGACUCCUUCUCAUGCUAUGAACCCUUUUGUGCGAACUUCGCCUCAGCUAGUCAGUUGGCCCAAGAUGAAAACGCCGCCCUGACCAAAGUGGCCGAUAUACUCGACCCAAACUACGAACUGCCCACAUUUCUCAUCAAGCCAGUCCAAAGGAUCUGCAAAUAUCCUCUGCUCCUUCAGCAAUUGGUCAAACACACAAGCCCCAACGGGGCCUAUUGGGACGAACUCAAAGAAGGCCUGGCCUCGAUCACUCGAGUCACCGAUGCCGUCAACGAGACCACCCGGCAACGUGAGAACGAACUGGCAGUCAACGACCUCAAGGAGCGGGUCGAGGACUGGAAGGGUCACGAACUCAUCACCUUUGGUCAACUGGUGCUCGAAGAUACCUUCACGGUCGUCAAGAACGAGAGCGAACGAGAGUACCACGUCUACCUCUUCGAGCGGAUCAUCCUCUGCUGUAAGGAGGUCGGCGUCAAACUCGACAAGAAGGCCAGUAAACAGUCGAUGAGCCUCAAAAAGAACAGCCAGAUCAACAACUCUAACACUCACGGUGGCAAGCGAAAGAACACCCAGCAACUCAAAGGCCGGAUAUUUAUCGCCAACGUCAUGAGUGCCACCCCCCGUCCGGUCCCGCCUGGAUCUCCACACCACCAUCAGUAUCUUCUGCAAGUAACAUGGCGUGGUGAUAUAUCAGAGGAAUACUUUUCAAUCAAAUGUCGAACGGAGGAACAGCUGAAGAAGUGGCAAGCUGCGAUCACCAAGGCGGUCGAUGAUGCAGUCGAGCGGCGGCGGCGACAAGUCCACCAUCUCUCAUCAGGCUCCCGCUCCAAGAUGAACAGCCCCCUAUCUCAGUUCCCGAACACACCCCAGUCGGAAAUAGGCCAGCCGCCGAAUUCGGCCAGCUAUCAGCACCACCCCGUCUCACAUCCACCCCGGAUCCCAGAACAUCCCUACGCCCACUCGGGACAUGGGAACGGGGGCGGGUCGAUUAACAGUCGGACGUUCGAGGACGAGGAGGAGAGCUACCAGACGGAUGCGGAGAGCUCGGUGAACGGGCGGAACACGCCCUCGGGCAGUCGUCGGACGACGGGGCAUCGGUCGAUGCCGGCCGAGCGCUCCGAAGCCUCGUUUGGGCCCGGACGUGCUCGUGCCCAGACGGACGAUGCGGCCUCGGCCAACCUGGCCCAGUGGCGCAACCAGAUGCCCAACAGUUCGAUCCCCCCCGUGCCCCGCUCAGGCCAGCUGACGCCUGCCAGCUCGGACGCCUACCUGCCCAACUCCCUGCGCUCGUCGACAUCCAGUAAGCCGCUGCGUCAUCAGCCCAGUCACGAGUGGGGCGCGGGGACGAUCAACGGUUCAAACAACUUCUACCGCUCCGACGACCGAAACCAUCCCCCUAGCUCCGGGCCCUCCGGCCAUCCCCCUCUCCACGGACGCCACAACAACGAGCCCCAGCUGGUACCGUCGAAUAGCAGCGGCGUCCCCAUGUUCAGGAGCAGGUCCGCUAGCUCGCCCAACAUCCACCAGUCCCCGGACUUCAACCAACAGUGGAACGCUGGCCUCCUCAACGCCGUCCCCUCCGUCCCUUCCAUCCCCUCCGGCUCUAUUGCCGGCUCUUCAAGAACCGCCUUGCCGCUCCAUAACCAGGCCCAUAUGGGCCAUAUCAAGCAGCGCUCUAGUGACUCGAGUGCCGCUGCUAUGACCGACCGGUCUUCGACGGAGAGUCAGCGGCUCUCUGGAGGUGGGAAUAGUACGGCGAUGGGAAACAGGGGCCACAUCCCGAUGGCCCAGUCGGUCCAUGGUGGACCAGGGGUGACCGGGCUGAGCUCGCGAUACUCGUCGGGCCAGGCGGGGCUGACGAGCCAUUCGGCGGCCAACUCGUUGAUCACGUCGCGGAGCAGCGGGAGUCUGGUAGUAGUGCAGGGCGGGCCGGAGGGAGUUCUCCGUGCAGGCGAAGACACUUACGUGAUCGUCACCCUCUCGACCGUCACCUACCACGAACUCAUCGAGAAGAUCUACAAGAAACUCCGGAACUGCGGCGUCGCUAAGGACUCCUCCACUCGGAUUAAGAUCCGCUACGAGGACGAGGAGGGCGACCUGAUCCUUAUCUGUAAUGACGAGGACGUGUCUAUGGCUAUCGAGUGGAUGCGAUCUGUCGAGUUUGGGAUUGGGACCCCCGGUCAAAAACCCUGA